CAAACCAUCUCACACCCUCGAGAGCCUCUACCAGUCGCUCAUAAAGUCUCCCAUCUCUUGCAAAUCCACGAUCAAGAUGGCAGCUUCGCCGAAUCCCGCCGGAUCUUUGGAGGAUCGCAUCUCCAAGCCUAAUGCUGCUACCGACGCCACGGCCCAGAGCAUAUCUGCUUGGGAAGCGGAUGCUGCUGCACCUGCCGAAGCAAAAGAUGACCAGAGCGGAGCCGCAGAUGCUCAGGUGGAUGGCGCGACCGAUGCUGCGGGAGGAUCAGCCCUCCACGAACCGCAGUAUGCCGUCGAGGUCAAGCUGAGUGAUCUCCAAGCCGAUGCGAACAGCCCCUUGUAUUCUAUCGGCUCUUUCGAGGAACUUGGAAUCAAUCCGCAGAUUCUGAAGGGCAUGUAUGCGAUGAACUUCAAGAAACCCUCUAAAAUCCAAGAGCGGGCUCUCCCUCUGCUGCUCAGCUCUCCUCCCACGAACAUGAUCGCACAGUCGCAAUCAGGAACCGGUAAGACUGCGGCUUUCGUCAUAACGAUCCUGUCGCGACUCGAUUAUACCAAGCCCAAGUCACCACAAGCUCUAUGCCUCGCUCCCAGCCGUGAGCUUGCGCGCCAGAUUGAAGGUGUUAUUAGGAGUAUUGGGCAGUUCGUUGAUGGGUUGACUAUUCAGGCCGCUGUUCCAGGCGCCGUAGAAAGGAAUGCGAAAGUUGAGUCGAUGGUGGUUGUUGGUACCCCGGGUACUGUGCUGGAUCUGAUCAAGAGAAGGCAAUUCGACACAUCGGAGAUGAAGGUCUUGUGCUUGGAUGAGGCAGAUAAUAUGUUAGACCAGCAGGGUCUCGGUGAGCAGUGCCUACGCGUCAAGAAUGCGUUGAGAAAUGUCGAGCAGAUUCUGCUCUUCUCUGCUACAUUCCCAGAUGCGGUUAUGCGAUACGCUCAGCAGUUUAGUCCUGGAGCCAAUGAAAUCAGACUGAAACGAGACGAGCUCACUGUCAGUGGAAUUAAGCAGAUGUACAUGGACUGUCCAUCCGAUGAAGGCAAAUACGAAACUCUUGCUCAGCUUUAUGGCUUGAUGACGAUCGGGUCGUCUAUUAUUUUUGUCAAGACCAAAGAAUCCGCAUCCAGGAUCGCUGCACGUCUGUCACAGGAUGGACACAAAGUCGUGGCGAUUCACGGAGGUUUUGAAGGCGCAGACCGAGACGGUAUCAUCGAGGACUUCCGUCAAGGUAGAGCCAAAGUUCUCAUCACAACCAACGUUCUCGCCCGAGGUAUCGAUGUUCAAUCCGUCUCCAUGGUGAUCAACUACGAUAUUCCCAUGAAGGGAGCCAGCGACUCACAGCCGGAUCCCGAGACCUACCUCCACAGAAUUGGUCGUACAGGUAGAUUCGGACGUGUUGGUGUUAGCAUCAGCUUUGUCUUCGACAGGAAGAGCUUCCAGGCUCUGAGUGAGAUCGCGAAACACUACAAUAUCGACUUGGUGAGACUCGACCAGAAUGAUUGGGACAAGACGGAGGAAAUAGUCAAGAACGUCAUCAAGUCAAGUCGUGCCGGCACAAAUCUCAAGGCAUGAGCGCAUCACAACAACUGGUUUUCUAUAAUCGAGAAGAAUUGCCAAAAGCGGGCGUUAACAUUGCUCUCAUAGAUUGCAUGGAGGGUGCGUCAUUUUGAGCGUAUUUGAGG